UCGCGGCCCAGCCUUCUUUUUUCAGCCCACUCCGCCCCACUUAAACAAAUUGGCUUGGGCUUCUGUCCGAUGGCCUGGGCCUGCUCCUUGCUGUCGUCUGCUACAUAUGGUCAAUGUUGGCCUCUUCAAGUCUUCAACAAAUCGACCGUCUCACUCUCUGGCGCCUGCGAUACUGCGACUCCUAACCCUAGAUGAAAUCGCAAAGGGAAAGCCGCAAAGGGAAGCACCGAAGCAGCUGACGCAGCGACUGCCGACUGCGACUCCGUCUCCUCCAACCUCCUCCACUGCUCGAGCUCCGCGACGUCGACGGCCCGACCCUGAGAAGCAGCUUCGUCUCUCUCUCGACACGAUCCUCACCCUCGGGGAGCACCCGCCGGCCCAGACCCACCGGUCUUCGCCUCCCAGGCUCCCACAAUCCCACCCAGACCCAGGCAAGUACCUGCCGGCCGCCGAGUCUCCUCUGGCCGCACUGAAUCUUCUGCUGACUCCGAUUGCCAUCACUCAGCACUCGCCUCCUCUACUCCUAUACUCCAACUCCGAAGGCAGCAGGCAAAAAUUUCUAGUUCCAGCGAACCAGACCAGAAGGGAGCAGGCAAAAAUUGGGCAGCAGCUAUGAAUUUCAGUUUCGAGCAGUUAAACCAAACC